GUCAUUGCUGAACAAAUGGAGACAGAUAUUAGCAGAAGUGCAAACUGGAGGCUGAGGAAAGUAAAAAAUCUUUGGUUUUUAGAUACCGGUGGCAAACUGAAAAGGCUUAAAGUGUUGGAUGAUGCAACUGAAGUUUUUCUGGUGGAAGACAUAAUUUUUGCAGAUGAAGCCAUGUAUCAUAUUAUUGAAGAAAAUGGUGAAGUGGUGAUUACAGAAAUAGAGAAUAUCGAUAAGAAAAAUAUAACAUCAGGAUGCCAACAAGAUGAUAUAAUUCUUCACUUGCCUUUGGAUGGAGAUUCAGUUCAGAAUAUUCCUUUGAUUAGAGAAAACAGUGAACAAAAUGAGGAAAUGAGACUUUUUGCAGAGAAUGAAAGAGAAGACGAUAGUUCAGAUGAUCAACAAGAGGUAAACCACGACAUUGGGAGUGAAGAAUACAGAAAACAGAAGGGAAAAUUCUGGCGCUUUAUUGAUCGCAUCAAACAAUUUAAGAAAAAGAACAAAGAACAGAAAAACUACAAUUUUAAAAAGGCAGAGGAGCCUAUAUACGAAGAUGCACCAAUCAUAUUUAAAGAAAACCUGUCUGGUGCAUUAACAGACAAAAAUUAUGAUGAUGAUGGAGAUUAUGCCUGUUACACUUCAUUCGAAGAACAAGCAGACCACGCCGAUGAGCCAUCUGUCUCUUUGAUGAAAAAAGUGACAGCAAUUUUUGAUUUUGAUAAACUAACUGACGAAGAGAUAAGCUUCAAACAGAUGGAUGAACUUACUGUCCUCAAAGAUAUCGUAAGUGAAAACUCUGAAUGGUGUUAUGCAGAACAUUUGGUGACGGGAGAAAAGGGAUUCGUUCCAGUUGCGUACAUCACACAGGCGGAUCACGCACUGAUUGCGCAAGAUUGGUGGCAUAACAUAGACAGAGAUGGAGCAAUAGAGCUGUUGACAAACCUUCACAGACCAGGAACAUACCUUAUAAGACCUUCUAGCAGUGGAAUCAUUUAUGCAUUAUCGAUGAUUGUUCCAUCUACGUAUAGCACAUCACAUAUUGUUCACUAUGCCAUCAAAUCACGACGUGGUCACUUAUAUAUAUCCAAAGGCAAACAAUUUAGGGACAUAUGUGCUCUUGUUGAUCAUUACAAACGGGACGAAGAAGGGCUUCUAUGUAAACUGGAGAUUCCUGCUCCAAGACAAAAACCCGUUGUUUACCCAAUGAGCAUCGAAGUACAAGAGAAAUAUAUUGAAAUUAUCAAGUCUAUAAAAAUUGGUAAAUUUGGAGUGCUUUUUGAAGGAAAAUUGUGCAACAUGUUUGACGUUACUAUCGUGACUAAAUGCAAAAGUGAAGUAGAACAUUUUUUGGCCGAGGCAAAUCAUCUAUACGAGUUCCUUCACAGCAAACACUUAGUCAGAGUAAUAGCUGUUGUUCUUGAACCCAAACCAUUUAUGAUUGUGCUCUUGGAGACUGUUCAAGAUACACUACAAAACUACUUGGAAAAAUGUGAUCAAAAAACAAUAUCGUUCAAAAGGUUGACCAAUAUUGCUGCAGAGAUUGCUGAAGGUAUGGCGUUUCUUGAAGAAAAUAGCAUUGUCCAUGGAUAUUUGAAAACUGAAAACGUAUUAAUUUGUGAACAUAAUGAACUUAAGUUAUUGCAUCCAAAACUCAUUAAUCUGAUGAAAACGAGUGCCAGUAAUGAACACGCAGAAGGGGACACGGAAUGGAAAUGGACAGCACCGGAAGUAGUUGCAGACGAAAGUGUGUUGUGUACAAAGUCUGACGUAUGGUCAUUUGGAGUUGUGAUGUACGAAAUUAUCACAUUUGGUGGAGUGCCGUAUGCAGGUUUAGAAAAGGAAGAGACUUUACAAAAGUUAAUGAGAGGUUAUUUCCGGCAGCCAAGACCUGUACAAUGUCCUGACGAGUUUUACAACACGAUACUUCAAUGUUGGCAUCAAAGUCCGGAUUGUAGACUAACAUUUGAAUUCCUGUACAACUAUCUUGAUGAUUUUGAAAAUACUUCGGAGUCUGAAAAGUUUCUAAAAGAUUACAAGUCAAAGUUGAUAAGCCCAUACAUUUACAAAAAAUGCACAUUAAAGAUUGAAAAAGAAGAGCAGACGAGAGGAAAAUUAGAGAUUGAAAAUGAAGAGCAGACUAGAGAAAAAUUAGAGAUUGAAAAUGAAGAGCAGACUAGAGGGAAAUUAAAGACUGAAAAUGAAGAGAUGACAAAAGAAUUAGAUACACAUAUUGAUCAAACUGCAAGCAAUAAAAAUGUUGACAUUACACCAGGAUUUGACGCGAUAGCCUUGUACGAUUACACAGCAGAGGACGAUGACGAGAUUUCUUUUGACCAAGGCGACAUCAUAACAAACAUAGAUCCAAUUGAUGCUGGUUGGUGGGUAGGAACAUCAGCAAGUGAACAACGUGGGGUGUUUCCAGCAAAUUAUGUGAGAGUUUGUAUAAAACGUACGUGA